AUGGAAAGUGGAAAAAGUCAGCUAUGGUUUUUAAUUAUUUUCUCUCUGGCAUCUACGGCGGUAUCGCGGACUCAUUGCGAAAAAGGAUGGUUUCCAUUUGAAAAUCACUGCUAUAAAUUCUCGUCCUCUACAGCAACAUUUAAAGACGCCAUGAUAUUCUGUAACAACCUCGGAGCAGAACUUUUGGAGUUACAAAGCAAAGCAGAAGAAGACUGGAUUGAUUUGCAGUGUCGUGUUAGAGGUUAUACAGAUGGAGUUUGGCUAGGACUAAGUGAUGUUCAGACAGAAGGACAAUUUGUUAGCCUGUCGGACGCACGGAAACCUCAAGGAAAUUUUAGGAACUGGGCAAAAGGAGAACCUAAUAACAAUGGACACAAUGAACACUGUGCCAUGUAUUGGACGGCAAUAACACUAACAACAGCGAACACUGUGCCAUGUAUUGGACGGCAAUAACACUAACAACAGCGAACACUGUGCCAUGUAUUGGACGGCAAUAACACUAACAACAGCGAACACUGUGCCAUGUAUUGGACGGCAAUAACACUAACAACAGCGAACACUGUGCCAUGUAUUGGACGGCAAUAACACUAACAACAGCGAACACUGUGCCAUGUAUUGGACGGCAAUAACACUAACAACAGCGAACACUGUGCCAUGUAUUGGACGGCAAUAACACUAACAACAGCGAACACUGUGCCAUGUAUUGGACGGCAAUAACACUAACAACAGC